AUGGACAAGCAGUGGUUUCCUGCAGCUGGAAUUCUCCUGGCCGCCUUCCUGGCAGGCUCAGCUUCUACCCUGACCCUUCCUUCUACACAUGAAGACCUUAACCAGCUUCCUUCAGCCCCUGGCACAUCCGCUCGGCAAAGCAGCAGCAUUCCUCUGGACAUCCUGACAGAAACUGUUGGCCGCAUCAACUCAGUUGAGAGGGAACCGGAGGCCCUGGAGAGGAGGGCAGGAGCCCUUUCUACAGAGUCAGUGGGGGGCCAAGAGUCCCCCUCAAUGCCUGGCCCCUUAGGAAGUACCAGGCCCUUGCACAGGGUCAUACCUGGACCAAUCCCCUCAGCCCUGACCACAUCUGCAGCCCACGUGACUGUUGACUCUCAGCCAGUGUCAUCUGGGGCUGAUCCUGUAAAGAAAAACGUGGCCUCUGGAUCUCUAGAAACAAUUGCUAUGUCAUCGCCACAGCCUUCUCCCACACGUGGAUCCAAGCAGAAGUACAGCAAGGUCUCCAGGUUGUGUUCGACAGUCCCUGCCUCUGCAUCACUGGAGACAACUGGUGCACCUAAAUCAACAUGGCAUCCAAUCAGAGCUCCUUCUCUCUCCAUAUUUUCUAGAUCUCCGUGCCCGUUAUGGAACACCUCCGGUCCCACUGCAUGGAGGGACGGCCACUCCGGGCCAGAGGCAUCCCCAUCUGCGGCACUGGCUGCAAGGAUCUCCUCAGGAUCGCCGAUCUCUCCCUGCAUGAAAGCGACAGAGCCCCUUUGGCCUGCGUCCUCGGGGAGAUCAGGGCCGGGCCUGACCUCCCAAGCCUUUACAGUGGCUUCUGGGUCGUCUGAAAACACUGUAGCUUUGGGCAUGGGCUCAGGAGCCAGUGGUGCUUCUGUGCGGCUGUUGUCCUCAGCAACAUCACCUUCACAGCCAUCCUCCCACUCCUCCCCACCCUCCUCAUCGGCAUUGCUCCUGCCUUCAUCCUCAACCCUGGCCCCUGUUUCCUCUGUCACCACAGGAGCCAGGGAACCUCCUAAACCCUCUGUGUCUGUGACUACACCCUCAGCCACAGACUCUUCCAUUAAAACCUCAAGCCUUGCACCCCUGGUGGCCCUACCACCCAGCCACCCUGGGCCAUGGGUUUCUACCACCCCAAUCCGCCUGCCCACCCUCUCCCUCCAACAUUUCUCCAAACCUCCCUCUGUCCCACACAGCUCUAGCUUCACAGAGAUAUCUAGGGAUGCUGAUGCUAGCCAGUCCUCUGCCCUGCCUCACCCUGGCCAAGAUGUAACUUUGCAGGACCUGAGUUCCUCCACUCCAGGACCUAGUCAUGUGACUCACUCUGUGGCCUUCAGGAUCAACAGAAGAUGCCUCACAACAGCUGUCUGGAACCUGGUAGCCCUGGAGCGCCGGCUGUUGAAUAAGCUUAUCUGCUACCAGCUCCAGCUUAUCUACCAUGAGGCCUUCUCCAGCUUCAAGAAUGUCAGUGCCCUGCUGUUAAGGCCUGGUUCUACAGAAGUGAAAGCCUCGCUCGUGUUUGGGCAGCCGGAUCCCUCGGCCCUAGAAAUCCUCUGGACUUUGUACCGCAAAGCGAAGGCCUCCAGAUGGCUGCUUGGGCACCUGUCCCUGGCUGACAGCAGCCUCUCUGCUGAUGGGCGCAACAUGACAGACCUUACCCUGGAAACCAUCAACAUCAGCUUCACGCUCAUGAGGCCCUUCCUGCCCCAGCUGCUUCUGCCUGGUUCGCAACCUUUUAUCCUGUUGGAGAAGCAGAUCCUCCAGCUGGUCACCCAUGAGGUGUCAGGAUUCUACAAGGCUAAGCCCCAGGACCAGCCCCUGCUCCUCUUCAGCAACGUGAACGAGUGGGUGCGCAUUUACAUGGAAUACAAGUUCAAGAGUCCCAUCCCCACCCACCUCAAAGGCCUGGCCAGUUACCUGGCCCAUCACAUAACAGACCCCACCCUCCAGAAAUCCAGCAUGGUGGCCAAUGGGGAAAAAGCAGAGCUGGCGCUUUAUGAGACUUGGCUCCUGAUCCUGGGUCACCCCUUCACCAAGGCCUUGGAGAACAAGACUACUUCUGAGUCCCAGGAGCUUCGUGGUCUGCUGACAAAAUGGCUAACCUCCGCCCUCCAGCCUCUGCAGAACUUCGGUCAAGUGGUGGUGGAGGAAUUCCAGCAGGAACCUCUGACUGCCAAAGUGCAAGCUGCCUUCUUUGGGGCUGCGCCAGCCCAGGCCAUCAUUCAAGACUGCAUGCACCAAGGCCUGAGCUUCCUGCAGGAAACUGAGGGUCUCCAGUUGGAGAUGCUCCUCCCAGCCCUUGGCACCCCCAGCUCCGGAGCCUCCAGAGGCCCCAGCCAUGGGUUCACACCAAACCUCCAGCUCAUCACGUCUCUUCUUGUCCUGGUGGCCCUUGGUACCGCUCCCCACUUCACUGAGAAGCAAAUCCCAUACCUCUCCUAG